AUGAAUGGAUUGCAAGAAGGCAAUGUUGAUGAUGAUCCAACAACAACAACCAUCAAAAACACAACCACCAACUGGAUUGUUCCUUCACGUUCUCCAGAAUCUUCGGCUUGGUCUAAUGCUGAAUUUGGUUCUCGUUCUCACGGAAGCCAGUUGGAGUUAGGUCUUUUGCAUCACAGUAAGAUGAAUGGAUCCUCCUCUCCACCCUCAUCCUGUCCAUCCAAUCCCAUGAACACCUCCAUUGAAAUGUCGGUUCCCAUCCAUGCGCAUCAAGAUGAGGAAGCCUUUCCUUCCUCACAGGGCGAUGAGAACACAUUGAAACAUUCUCUUCAAAAAGGCUCCUCUGUGAAGAAAGAAGCUUCUCAUCAUCAUCACUCCUCCAAGUACUCUUCUUCCAUUAAGACGUUGCUCCUUCAUGCUGUUGAAUCAAUACCUUCUUCUCUCAUCACAGUCAUGAAUGUGUUAGUGAUCUUUUUCUUGUUGCAAUCACUCAUUACGAUUGGAACGACUUUCUUCAUUCUUUUCUUUGAAGGUUCAACGCUGUCUGACAAUGCUGAACUUGUGGCCCAUCAGGACCGCUUUCAAAAACUCAUUCGCAAUCUCUAUGAUUUUGUAAUACCGGCCGAAAUUGUCACGUCCUCUCUUCAUAACCAAGUGUUGUCAUUCAUUGAGGAACCUUCGAGCCAUAACAGUUGGGCUCGACUCUUGAGUACGACAAGUGUUUAUGAUCGACAGCUUUCGUUCAUGUACUUUGGAGAUGGAAACAAUCAAGUAACCAUGUUAAGACAAAUCAAUGGAGUGAGCAACAUUAUGGUUCCUUGUCACGCGCAUCCACAGUCCAAGUCUCUUAAUGCUGUGCAAGAUGUGAUCACCAAGGACUUUGAUCUGACAUUCUCUCAAAAUUGCCCAAAGAGCCAUUUAAAGUACAAUGUGAGUAGUGAUGGAGUGAUCUUGAUCGAACAAGGUGUUGCAAACGUUCAAUUAGACCUGAAUGUUUCUUCCAAAUAUUGGUUCACAAGCGUUGCCAAUAACUUUCCUCAAAUAUCAUCAGAAGUGCCAAAAAGACAAAAGUACACUGCAUGGAGCGACGUCUUUCUAUUUAAUGGUGCUCUGUCCAUCUACGUUUCAUUAUUAGUGAGAGAUUCCACGAACAACUUUGUUGGAGUGGCAGCUCUGGAAUAUUCUCUGAGUGAUCUACAAGUACUGUUGUGUAAUUUAGUCGCAACUUCAGGAGGAGCUAUUCUAGUGCUGGAUCGAGAGGAUAGAAUUUUGGGAGCAUGUGCACUAUUGUCGGAUUUUUCUUUUACAGAACUCUCCUCAACCAUGAUUCAAACGUUUCCCAAAGAUUUCAGCAAUAAUACACUUUUUGAAUCAAUUUUCAAACUCAUGAAUGAUGAGGAAACUCAUUCGAGUAAUCAGUCGGUGACUUUUUCGGAUGCCUUAUAUCCCGAGCCACAAUUGAAGGGAAUGAUUCAUAAUUUCAUAUAUUCCAUAUCAGAAUUUUCCAUGAACAAUUUAAGAGUUAAAGUCAUUGUCAUUACGGAACAUACUGGUUUUCUCAGUAUCAUGAUCAACUCGAGAGUGAGCUCCCUGGUCAUUUUGUUUCUUGUGGUGGGUUUAGGAAUUGUGUUUUUGAUGAUUGUACUGAAGGGAAUCACAUACCCCUUUCAAAGGUUACGUCAGACCAUGGAGAAUAUUUUAAAACUCGAUCAUUCCUUAUCCAUUCCUGUGCAUACCGAGUGUUUACUUGGAGACGUACGUCGAAUGCAAAGCUAUGUGGAAACGUUUCGAAAUGUCUUAUUUUACUUUUCAUUGUUUUGUCCAGAGCUUAUUGUCAAACACAUUUUAGCGAGUUCCUCUAACCAAUCGAAUAUUAAGGCCGGUGUCAAUGAUCAAAUCAUCCCAACAAAAAGCCAAUACAUGACCAUACUUGUGUUGGAGCUCAAGAAUUUUUGUGACCUUCAACAACGAAUUGGAAUGGACAUGUUUUGUAGAGUGUUAAACAGUUUUAUUUCGGAGUUGACCUCAUCCAUACAUUCCAACGAAGGUUUUGUCUUUGACUUGUCUGUGAAAAACAAUUUAAAAAUAAUGGCGCUUUGGAAUGACUCUACCAAGCCCAUUGAAAAUCAUGAACUUCGAGCUGCAGCCACUGCCAUUGAAAUGCAAACAAUCAUGGCAGACAAGAUCGAGCACAUUAAGCAAGAAUUUAAUUGCCCUUGUGUGGAGAUUGAUUACAAAACGGUGAUUGCAACGGGCAUGGUGUUUUUGGCUUGUACAGGUACAACCACCUCUCGAGUUAGUUUUUCUUGUUUUGGGGAGUCUGUUGCGGUUUGUGAUGUUUUACUGGAGCAUUGUCGUAGUGGCGAGGUGUUGCUAUGUCAAAAUGUUUUUGUGAAAGUUGCCGAAAUGUUUUUGUGUCACUACCUCCGCACCGUUCCAAUUUUCACCAUGAAACAAGAAAAACGAGAUGUGGUCAUGUAUUCCUUGAAGAAGUAUUUGAAAGAAUCAAGUGCCUAUGAACAACAUGUCGCUUCCAAGUUAUUGCAGUUGAGAGACAGAAGAAGAGAACUUGACAUUGCAGAGGUUUCCACUGAUACACUUUAUAAGUCCUUAUGCAAAGAAUUACAAAAUUUGGGUCAUGAAGUGAAUGCUGACAAUGAUUGA